GUUCAUCUCAGCUAGUGCUACUCUGAAUUUUGUUCGUUCACCAGGCUAGAGCACGCAGAUAUAACUCUUCGAUCCCCUUUACUACUUCGCUACAGUGCAUCAUUUUGUGCCCCGCUUUAUCGGCAGCAUUUCUACAGCAGUUUGCGCAUGUUUGCGUUCAAAUUCCUGGUUGUGAAUUUUUCUGCUGAAAUUUGACGGAUAACUAAACUUUCUUCAAAGAUGCUUCUCAACUGGGUGAUACUCCUUCCCUUGUCGUUGGCAGCAAUUUGCCCCUUGGAACGUCACCAAGUUUGCAACCUCAUCGCUGCGGACGACGCCGAACAUGUCAGGGAAAAUAGACAUCGUUGCACUUGUGCCAUAACGGCUCUAUCGGAUAGGCCACCACCAGAGCAAUCGUGCACAAACUUCAUAACUCUCGAUGAGGAGGAGAAAACUUUUCCGGUUGUUUCCAUCACGUUCAACCUGAAAGAGUCCCCAGAGCUAGACGCUUUCCCAGAAGAAUCAUUUCGUGACACCAUUGCUGGGGCGCUACGAGUUAAUCAGGACAACAUUUUGAUACUGAGAGUUAACUGCAAGGGUACGAAGGACACUCUUACGGUGCAGUUCGGAGUGCUCAAGCCACAGUCGGUGGCAGAACUGAAGAAAAAGCCGAAGAAGAGGACAGUAAAGGAGGGCAAAAGUGAUGACGGUGACAACGAGAAUGACGAUGGCGAUGAAGAAGAAGAGGAAGAAGAGGAAAAAGACGACAACGAAGGUGAAAACGAACCUAGUGAUGCGAAAGCUGAUGACAAAAAUACGAAGAAUGGCAGAAAACAUAACGACGAUGAUGAUGAUGAUGAUGACGAAGUCAAAGGCAAUGCUGGAGAAGAUGAUGACGACGACGAGGAUGAGGGAAGAGAUGAUGGUGAUGACGACAAAAAUGAUGAUGACGAGGCUACAGUUAGCAAAAUAAAGAAGCACGGUCGAAAACAUACUAAAAUCGAAGCCAAAAAGUCGAAAGAUGAGAAGAGCAAAAAGCAUCACCAAGACAUCGUCUCGGUGAAAAAGGACGAUAAGAAGAAUAAUGGUGAGGAUGAUGAUGUUGAUGAUGAUGAUGAUGAUGAUGAUGAUGGCAAAGAAGGAGAUGACGAUGACGAUGAUGACGGCAAACACAAAAGCAUAGGCGAGAAAGACGACGAUAAAGAUGACGGCAGAAAACACAAAACCAAAGGCAGGAAAGAUGACGGUAAAGAUGGUGAUGAAGAUGAUGAAGAUGAUGAUGAAGAUGAUGAGAAAGUACAUAAAAAGAAGAAAACAGUAAAAGGAAAAAGUAAGCACCGCCACGAUGACGACGAUGACAAAAAGGAUGAUGAAGACGAUAAGGACGAUGACGAUGAUGACGAUGAUGGGGAUGAAUUAGAGAAAUACGACGAAGAUGAUGAAGAUGAAGAGGAGGAAGAUGAAAAAACAAAUGAGAAAACAGGGGAGGAGAAGGAUGAUGAUGACGACGAGGAAGAAGAGGAGGAAGAAGGCGAGAUAGAUUACGAAAAAGUGAAAUAUGUAGCUGAUCAGUUCCUGGAUGCCCAAUCUAUCGCUACAAGAAUGAAGGCUAUGGGUCACCUGAACCAAAUCGCGGAUCUGCAAGUCGAUUCUAUAGAAUUUACCGAGGACAUUAUCGAAAUCGAGUACAACCCAGACAACUCAGCUUUAAUUGUUCAAACAGCAAGUGCGGGCGGACUAUUUCUAUUCUUUUUGAUUAUCGGAACGUGGUGUAUGUGGCGUCGGAAUAUGUUCGAUUACUCGGACGAUCUACAAAAAGUAUAAUUUCCGAUUUACAUCAUAUCGAUUAUAGUUUGUUACAUAUCAUUUGCAACUUAGCAUAUAUAGAACAUCACCAAGUUCACUGUCACGAUAUUCCCAGCAUAUUUGACGUGUAAUUUGAUGUAGCAGAUAAAACGUCACAUCUGU